AUGAGACUGACUCGACCUGCAGGUCAGAUUCAGACAAAACGAAAAGUCACUACGAAUGAGACUGACUUGACCUGCAGAAGAGAAAUAGAGACGUCCAUGAAUACACAGGACGUUAUUGUCAAGAUGAAUUGCAGUCAAGUGCAGGAUAUAACAUUCGGAAGUUUUACAAUAGCCGAUAAUUCAAAAUUCUUUAUAGAUGGCAAGCUAAAAUCUUGCUCUGCUGCAUUGUUUCUGUGGGAUCUAAAAGAUGUGUAUGAUAAGCAACAAUUGGAAGGCUAUGACUGUGGAUCGGAUAAACUACAUAUCUUACUCAAGGCUAAAGAAGCAUGCUCUAAUAAAGUUCAGCCGACGCCAGAAAAUGCUAACUUGUCUUCAUCAAAUGCACCUAUAAAUACUGCAGAGACGGAUGGUCACGAUUGUAAACUAAACGAUACUCAGAGUAGCUGUGACGAUAGUCCGGCGGAUUGUACUACUGAGAAACAAAUUGAUCACAAAGUUACUCUGACUUUUGCCAAUAUUCUAAAAAAAAAUCUACCAAAACAGCCUAAGGAGCAUCAGACGAUACCUGAAAAUGAUCAAAGUCCCGCUAAUGAAAUAAAUUUUCCUGUUCAAAAUAGCGAAAAUGAUCUUUCUGCGCUAGCAAGAAUAUUUCAGGAGACAUUAAAUUUUAAUUUUAUGCCUUUCAAGCCUCGAGGAUUAACCAACAAAGCGAGUUUCUGCUUUAUCAAUUCGACUUUACAAUCAUUACUAGUUUGUUCACCUAUACACAGAGCCUUAAGAAAGAUUGGCUCUUUUCCAACACUUCAACAGACAAUUGGUGACUGUCGGACACCAGCAAUUAAUGGUAUGGCAGCUUUUGUAAACCAGUUCGACUUGCUGGAACGUCAGGAAUACGAAAAGACUUUCGGAAAAUUGUUAAAAGCUGGCAAGGAAGUUCGAUUUGAUAACCCUUUCGAGCCUCAAUGUAUAUAUGAAAUGUUAGCUAUUCUAAGACCUUCCAUGGCAAAAGGGGAGAGACAAGAAGAUGCGGAAGAGUUCCUUGGUUGCAUGUUAGAUAACUUGCACGAGGAAAUAGUAUCAAUAUCACCUGAAAAAUCGUCUGCCUCUGAUCAAGCAUCGUGUGAAAAUGAUAUAGAUAAUAUCAAUUCUGGCGAUGGUGAAUGGCAACAGGCAUUAUCAAAGAAAAAGAGCGCAAUUAGUAGAACGAUUGCUCAGAAUCAUUCAUUGAUUAGUGAAACUUUUGGCGGAGAGAUACGGUCAUCCAUAAAAUAUACUAACGAAAAACAAUCCAAUACUUCUCAGCCUUUCUUUACGCUACAACUAGACAUCCAUGAUUCUGAAAUAAGCCAUAUUAAGGAUGCAAUUAAGAAGUCAAUGGGAUCUGAACAAGUAGAACAUUAUAUUUCUGGCAAUGAUGGAAAGAAAACAAAGGUCGAAGCAACAAAGAAAAUGUCUUUUGAACGUCUUCCUAAAAUCCUAAUUCUUCAUUUAAAGCGUUUCAUAUUUGAUCAUGGAAUUUGCCAGAAACUUACAAAAGAUGUAAAUUACGACUUACAGUUGGAAAUCGAUAAAGAACUUUUAUCCAGAGAAUGUAAGCAAAGUCUUAAUGUUGGAGAAUUGAAGAAAUUAACAAUAGUUACAAUUGUUGUAGUUGUCUUCCAUCAUGGUCUGCGAGCGGCCGGUGGCCAUUACACUUGUGAUGCUUAUCAUGCAAGCUUUAAACGCUGGAUUCGACACGAUGAUACUAUGGCUAAAACUAUAUCAGAUAAAGAGCUUUGGCUGUUAAAAUCGACACCAUCUCCUUGUGAAUGCCGCAUGGGCUUUAAGAAUGCAACCGUAUCUAAACAUAGUUUUUAUUUGAAUAUGGAAUAUUAG